AUGGCGGAAGAGUACCGACAGCGUCUGGACAACAAUGUGGAGAAGCUGGUGGAGAACUUCAAGGGACUGAUCAAGACGUCCAAGAUCAAGGACUCGGCGAACACCACGCGCGAGUCUUUCCAGAGCUCCAUUUACGCCACGACGCUAGUACAGGCGAGCGAAUCGCUGCUCAAGCUCGUUUCCGAGAUGAAGUUGUCUCUGGCGCUUGGCGACUUCGAAGGCAUGAGUCAGAACGUCGACACGACCUCCGAUGAGCUACUCAAACGGUGCGACGACGUGGAUGCGCAGAUCUCGCACUUGAGCUCGGACAUUUCGUCAGCACUGUUCGAGCUGGAGAAUCAUUUCUACCAGUCCAAGUGGAGAGUGUCACCUACGUUAGACAGCGAACAGACUCCCUAAUGAAGUUUUAAGCGUAAAAAUACAACAAGAAAAACAAA